CAAUCGGGACGCCUAAGAUGUACAUCAAGUUCUGUCCCUGCCCGACCACGCUCGAAUAUUCAUCUUAGGCCAACCACGGGUUUAUUUAUAUGUAUUUAUAUUUCUCUGUUUAUUUUUAAGUAGCUAUACUAACCUAACUAACCGUAACCUAACCGACCACUUUAAUAUUUGAAUUAAUUUUCCUGCGCAAAAAUAAAACAAAUCCCGAGGUUGGCCGAAGGUGAAUAUUCGGGCAGGGACACAGCUUGUACAUCUUAGGUUUCCCAUUGCAAUCUGUAAUAUCUAUGGGUUGCUUUGAGGGGGUAGGUACUAGGUAAUUCGUGCUCGUGGGUUAGGGUGUGUGCGUAGAAAUUGGGUGGGUAAAUAGUAAAUAUUUCGGUUAAAAUUACGUUCUUCAGUUAUGACGAUGGUAUCGAAAGCCGCGUUAGGCAUAGCUGCUGGAAUUUGUGGGAUUGUUGCAGUUGGUUACUGCAUCUACUUUGAUAAUAAAAGAAGAAGCGACCCAAAUUUUAAACAAAAACUAAGAGAACGAAGAAGAGCAGCACGGAAAACGAAGAAGUCGUCGGGCACUAAGUUGCCAGAUUUAAAAGAUCAUGAAGCAGUUCAAAGGUUUUUCAUCCAAGAGGUGCAGCUGGGGGAGGAGCUGCUGGCGGGCGGCAGCGUGGAGGCGGGCGUGCAGCACCUGGCCAACGCCGUGAGCGUGUGUGGCCAGCCGCAGCAGCUGCUGCAGGUGCUGCAGCAGAGCCUGCCCCCCCAGGUGUUCCACCUGCUGCUGCAGAGCCUGCCCGCCGUCGGACAGAGGAUGAUGGCCCAGUCAGCGGGGCCGCUCUCCGCCGUGGGAGACGACGAUGUCGAGUGAAGCCUCCGUCGUCCUUGUAGCUAUGUCGGUUCCACAAUCUGGGAGUGUCUAGGACCACAGCAAUGCUAACUUAUUGUUUCAUGUACAGUGCCUCAGUGCUUGUGAGUGUACCUUAACAAGGACUCAUUCUCCUACACUGUUGUUACCUCAUUCACCCGAGUGUUCAGCCUUGGGAUACGUGAUUUUCUUUUACGAAACUCUUAUUGGCUUGUUACGCAUAUAUUCUAAGCACUGAGCAUUGUAUGUUACCGUUCUUACAUUAAAAUUGUCAUUAAUUAAAUAGUUCAUGUGUAUAUACCUCAAAAAAAAAAAUAAAAAAAUUCCGGAUACAACACGUUGAGUUAGUUGGACUUAUCACUAGAUUAUUUAGUGUUUAAUAGUCAUUUCAGAAAGAAAAAUUAUUUUUGUACUACCUUGUUCAAGGAAGUUUACUGUGAAACACUCAACUCUUGGCUGUCAUGUGAAGGGUUUGAAGUUGAACUGCAUCAGUACUGUUGAAAAGAAAGUCUCGUUGGUGUUGGCAUGUGGUGGCCGAAUAAUAUUUGCGUUAUGUUUCAUAAUACUGCCUACUUGAUUGUGUUAAAUUUUGUUUGACCAGUACAUAAAGAGUUGUUAUGGAUGUGUGAGUGCACUGUUAUGUGAAAGCAUUGUUUUUGAUGCUAAAUUAAUAAAAUGAGAACUAUUGAAACUA